GGACACCCCCCCUCCCCACUCUUUAUUUGUUGGUAACGAGCUUCUCGCAGAGUUGCUUUAACUAAACUUAAAAUCAUUAUUUUAUGUUAUGUACUUGCAUUGCAAAAUCUUCCUGGGGAACAUCGCAUUUUAAAAAAUGCUUCUGUCAAUUAACAACGACGCGGAUCGGUUUUAUCCAAAGGGUGAUUGAAUCUCCGAUAUAGACCAGAACAUUUUAUUUCUAGAACGGAUUUAACAGUAUUUGCUUUAAGCCCAUGUAAAUUGAAGUAACAGAAGGAAAAAUAUUGACACGGAUUUCUUUUUAUUCUAGACUACAACUCUAAUCAAUGACUGGCCAGGAAAUACACCAGUAAAAGUUUUUUGUUCUAAAUGUGUGUUCAAUACAAAGACAAAUUAAAAGAGCUUUUCAUAGUAGGGCUGGUGAGGUUUCCUCGAAAUGAAUUAAAAACCUCUGACUACAUCUAUAUUUUCCGUGGCUUUCAUAAAAGCCACAUACAAGUUUUGUUUUUCAGACAUUGUAUUUACUUGUUUGUCGAAGUGUACAAUGAGAAAAAUUUUAACAAGCCAUAAAUCUUUUAAGGCCAGAAUCAUUUAGCACCAUUGUUUGAUUUAGUCGCCGCUUAUGAUAUAUUAUAACCCACCAGUGACGACGGACAAGCAGUUCAGUUUAAAAAUCCCGGCUUCAUGUGUUGGCAAUGAAAAGCAUUAAGGAUUAAGCGGAGAUUUUUAAUUCUGUAACUCGUGGAUAAAGUUACAAAAGCAAACAUUUUAAUAAUUGGAGUUGAAAUGGUCAUAAAAUUUCCAGACAUAUUCAGAGACAGAACUCGGGCCCGCCUUGAGACCAGGCACAGGCUGCGCCCACGGACAGAGGAGACAUUAAUUAUUCCGGGAAUAUUCCGACCACCAAGUGUUCAAGUAGAAGUCAGAAAAUUUAAUCUCUAUGGUAACCUUCGGAAAUCUAACACGGAAAUCCACAACACGCUUCCUUCUCCGGAACUGAUCGAGAGAGAAAUUCGAUACAUAGCCUUUGAAGAUGAAAGAAGAAAUAAAGCCCAGCAAGUGGAAUAUAAAGAUUUUUACAGAUUUUUAACACCAACCCUUAAACACAGACCUGCACGCGAUAUCAGCAAUUCCAAGCCUGUGAAAUCUGCCACUGUAAAUGAUGCCAUUUCACCUUGACUCGAUCUCGUCCAUAUUCAAGAAGCGCGUGAUUGUGAAACUUCCUAGAUAACUUACCAUUUUAUUCUAGUCAAUAUUUUAUAUAUCUGUUCAACCAUUAAAAAUGGUUUCUUCAA